AACUAUCAUGUUUCUUGAGUCCUCCCCCUUCCAAAUUCUAUGUUUUGUCGUUUUAAUCAGUUACUCUUUCACAUAAAUGUUGAGAUUUCGAAGAAGAACGCCGAAAUGUUGUCUCAUUAUGAGAAGCGUGGGGUCACACUCAAACACUACAAUACGGAAAUUUCGUUUGAGAUGCAUGAGCAUCUAAGAUGAGCACAAAGCAAUCUUCUCCCGCGAGCUGUAAUUUUAGAGGGCCAGAUGCAGAGUUUCGGUGUAGGAAUUCUGGCAGAAUGUUGCCGACUGGUGGCCCUCGAAAGCUGCUGACACUAAUAAAUAUACCCAACAUGCUGUGUAGAUAUUCUCUCUCGACUUUGUUCAAUUCACGCUUUCCUCAGUUCGACCACACGGUUAAGCUUACUGGCUUGAUACUAUGGGUAUCCAGUGUUAUUUACGUUCAAUAGUCUUCGUAUGACCGUGGUGAUGCAUAUGUGCUAAUGACAAGCUCUACUUGUGACGAGAUUUCAGUCAGACAUUACGUAAGUGCGAAUUUGAACUUGUGGACCGUGUUUUAGUUGCACAAUUGAGUUUGGGGAUGAUGAAUUGUAAGAAAACAGAGAAGAAACAGAUGCAAGCGAUGGGAGCAAUCAUGGCAGCAACGACGCUUCUACUAGUGCUGCUCUUGUCAAUAGGACGCGGAACCCAAAGACAAAUUUCGCUUGAGAAGGAGGAUUGCAAAGUGUGGUUGGUGCAGUCCAUUCCAACAGACAUGCCGGAGCUUCCGCUGGUGCCUGGAGUGUUGAAUACUGGCGAUGUGCUUCAAUGGUUGGCUGGAAAUGCCACAGAGAAGGGAUUGGAUGUCUCGGCGCAGUACUGGGAGCUUCAGGCGGAACCGAUCAACCCAAUUUCGGGUGACUAUGGAUUCUCGGAGCAGGAGAUGGCGCACUUCGGCGCGCCUGUUGGUAAGGCUGUGUACGAUUCGUUGCUGGCAGCUGCGGACAGAGGUGUACCCAUCCGAAUUUUGCAGCACACGGGAUUUUCUCCAAGUUUUGAUGCCGAAUCGGCGGCCAUGGCCGCGGGGAGGCCGAACGUUCAAAACCGAACUCUCGUAUUGACCAAAUGGUGGGGUUCGGGAAUCAUCCACAGCAAGCUUUGGAUAGCCAACAAGGAGGAUGCCUACCUUGGAUCCGCAAACAAUGACUGGAAAUCUUUCACACAGGUGAAGGAAGUUGGAGUUUAUUUCAGAAAUUGCCCUAAGGUUGUGAAGCUACUCGAUGGAUACUUCAACAAUUUCUGGACCCUCACUUCAUUGAAUGCCUCAGAGCAUACCUCGGUGGUCUGGGAUCAACAAUGGCAACUGAACCGCACUGUGCCAUGUUGGUCUCAAUUUGUGGAACCCCACAAACGUUGCCAAUCGCCGUUCUCAAAAUAUACCACAACAUCACAUGUACAAGGCUAUCCAUUAUUAUCUGAUCCUCCCUUCUUCCCGUUGAAAUUGGACACACCAGGCCGGAGAAAUGCGAGCGAAGGAAACUCACUUGCCUAUGUUUCUGUGUCACCCCCAGAGAUUGCCUCCGGCCACUCCCACCAGACUGACGAGCAGGGAUGGCUGGACACAAUAUUUUCGGUGCCUGUGAAUGGGACAGUUCGGAUCAACACCAUGGAUUGGCUAGGGCAAUCACAAUUCUUGGAUAUGGAUGUCUUUUGGCCUGCUUUCUCAAACGCUAUCUCAAAGGUGGUCUUUACAAAGCAUGCUACGGUGAAAGUGUUGGUCGCUCGCUGGAAAACAACACUCGAAGGAACCGAUAAGUACCUACUUUACCUUAACUACACCAAUUUCUUGUGCAAGUCGUCUACGUACAACAGUUGCAACGGCAGAGUUGAGAUCAAGCAUUACGAGGUUCCAGGUUGGGAUUCCACAGGGCCUGCAUCAGAUGCAACCACAGGAGCAUCAACAGGAAACGAGUAUCCAGGUUUCGCACGAGUGAACCAUGCGAAAUUUGCAGUGAGCGAUGUAAGAGCUAACAUCGGAACAAGUAAUCUUGUGUGGGAUUACUUUUAUGCCACAGCGGGUGUGAGCUUCGGCACUUACGACCCUAGAAUCGUUUCCCAGCUCCAAGAAAUAUUCGAUGCAGACUGGACGUCUCCCUAUGCAGUUCCCUUAUUACAGACUUCCUCUCUGUAGACUGUUGUAAACAAUAAUUUAUGGUUAUUUCUACGAGAGCUUUUAAGUUAUGUCCCCUAUUUACAGCAAAUGCAAUAAUGGAAAUGAUCCACGUCUUAGAAAUAUAUAUGGCAUGUGUAUUUCAAGUUACCCACCUACCAAGUGGAUCCAGAUGCUCGAGUUUAAAACACGCCACGAUGCCUUCCAAGACACGAGCUACCAGAUGGAAGCAAGGUGUGGAGUACAACAUGCGUUUGCUUCUUAAAUAAUACAUAGAGUGCCAAAAGAACUUUGAGUAGUGUAUAACCCUCACUGUGGAUACCAACUGUUCGGGUGAUUUCCGUGCAGCUAUUGCAAUAAGAGCAUCAAUGAUCUAAA